UUUAGGAUGAGUGUCUGUAGAGCAGAGCUAUGCAGGUGCUGUGCAUGUAAUCAUGAUUUCUUUGGCCUAUGCAACAUUGUUGUAGAGGUUCCACUAAUUAAGACGUAACGUUUUAUAGUUUGGUGAGAAGAUGAAACUGGAACAGCAGCGUGGAAAUUCAUGUGAAAUAGCAUGGAAAUGUCAGGGAGUAGAAGGGAGGACUUAAUAAAUAGUCGAGUAGAUCCCAGUUGCUGGGAUACAGUGGGUUUAAAUGUUCUGCUGCCUGGGAACUGGAACUCAUUGGUGUUCUGACCCACGCAGUGAUGUGCUGCACCUUCCCAGCAGUGUUAUACUUUAAACCUGUCUCGUUGGGUGAGAUUUCUGUUUGAAGAUUAACACUUAACUGUAUUUACAUGCUUUACAUGGCUGCCAUGAAGACCUUUAGGAAUGGCUUCAUCCUCGGCAUGAUGCUACUUGGACUUUCCUGCCUCCCAUUGGAAGCUUCCAUUCCACAAGUGACCAUCCCAGCAGAGCUGCAGUCGGUGGAGGCUGAGGUUGCAGUGAACUCCACGUCCUGCAGCGUCACCUGCGGGCUGGGCCUGCAAAUAGAGGAGAUGUGCGAGGUCACACCAUCAGGAGAGAGGAAGAACUGCACCACGCGCCGCUCCCACUGCACCACCACUUGGGGCUGUGGUUUGCUCCACUUCACCAUCCCUGUGGGUAAACCCUUUGUGCUCAGCUGCCUGAGCUCGGACGUCAUCAAUUUCGGUCUCAGAGGGUACAGCUGUACAUGGAAGGUCGCCUCUGGUCUCAUCACCAUGAAUGAUCUUCUGUUUGUACCUUUCAGAAACCCUGAUUAUACCGUUGUCUUUUCCCCAGCCAAGGAGUCCGACGCGGGGACGUACCGCUGUGAUGUGCGAGUGUUAAAGACAUUUAGGGUCAUCAAGAGGAUCUACUUUGGGGUCAGGGUGAUCCGAGAUGACAUGGUGAACCUGGACUUUGUUAAAUCCUUGACUGAGGAGCAGAAGCUGGCAAUCAGGAAACAGGAAGGAAUGGAAGCCAACAGCACCCUCAUAGACUUGGAAGAGCAGCAGUAUUUUUGGCAAAAGAAAUUGUUUCAUAGAUACUCGAUAGGAUUGGGAGUUGGGCUGGUAGGGGUCAUCGUGGUAAGCUUAGCUCUCCGCUUCUUGCAGGAGAGGAUGAGGAUCAGAGCUGCAGAGAAUCAGACUCGAUUCUAAUAUAAUUCCUUGUCUCUGUCUCGCUUACUAUAACAAGCAGAGCAACGUGUAUCAGUGCAGUAUUUCAGAAUGAGGUUUGUAAUGCUUUCCUGGCUGUUGGGUUGGUGAGUUUGAGGGUAUUUCUGUAUUAUCUUGCAGCCCAUAACUUGGGAUCCUAUUUUUCUCUUUUCCCCUUCAAUUUCUUCUCCCUUUCCCAGGUUUAUGACGUAGAUUCCUCAGGUUGGUAGCUGGAAUUCUCCAGCAAGAGAUGCAGAGAAGUGAAGAUGCUGUAGCUGGGUCCCUUGCUUUUGGGUCCCUUGCUUUUGGGUCCCUUGCUUUUGGGUCCCUUGCUUUUGGGUCCCGGCUUUUGGGGUCCCUGCUUUUGGGUCCCCACUUUUGGGUCCCUGUGGUCCUUCCCAGCAGACCCCAAGGUCUGUUUUAGGGAGCUGGAAGGAGGUGAACCACCACUCCCUGCCUGCUCUGUUUGUUUGUCUUCCACUUUUAAGCUGAAGCAUCAUCAGCAGUAGUUGGAAGCUUCCAUUCUUCCCUUUGUAGUCCCGAACAGCGAGGCAGGGAGCAUUAAGCAGCACAAGCACAUCUUCAAUCUGAGCGCUGCAGCUCGAGGAGCGUAACGGGGUGGUUUUAAUCACGACUCAGAGCUGAGCUCACUCCUACAAUCUUGAAAGGAGGAAGGAGAGGGAAGAGUUCAGUGGGCUUUAGGCUCGCUCGUUUUCCUGGUGACUAAUAAGUACAAAGUGUGCAGCAGCACUGGAGGGAGCAUUGUUUCCCCAUUGGUAGCAGAAUCCGCAGAGGGACUUAUUAAGUGCCUUCUCUCCCUGGUUUCUGUCUUUAUUUUACAGUAAACAACUCUAUUUACUCGCUCUGUUUCCCUUUCCCCCCCUCCUCCAUGAACUCAAGUACAGGAAUGCGCCACACAUCCAAUUCUGGGGGUAGUAAUGACUGAGCUCUACUAUUUAAGAUCAAAGCGUGCUAUUAUUUUUCUCUUCAGACCAGGGGAAGAAAAAAAAAGAACAAAACACCACAUGCUUUAAUGUAGAAAGAGCUGAAAUAUACAACGAGAUGCUUUAUUUGCAGAACAUCCUAUUGAAAAGCAGAACGACAUCAGUUCUAAACGUAGCGAGCUGAAUCUUCGUGUCCAAUUAAGUGGGUAAUGGGUAGAUCUGGAUAAUGAUCUGUAGGCCGUGGGGUUGGCUGUAUUUGAGUGAGGAAUUGAGCCCGUUAGCAGCCUUGGAUUCUCUGUAGGUUGUUUGCUGGGUUCUGCAGGAACAAUUCAAUGCAUACAGCCAUAGGCAGAGGUUUGUGGAGGUGAAGGGAGGUGUCCUGCAGUGCCGGAAGGUUCCUCUGGGUGUGCAUUGGUUGUCUGGCUCUGUGCUUUGCACUGAUUUACUGCUGAGCCCCCUUGUUGAGCUCUGCUUUAGGCUAACUGCUUUCUGUUCUUAACAACAGAUUUCUCACCCACUGAAAUACAUGCAGGGCACGCUGCCUCUGGGUAAGGUGAGAUGGGUCAGCUCAGCCUCCUGCAUACACCCACCCUCAAUCCCUAAGCAAGCUGCAUGCAGGGGAGACCCAGGCCUUGGUUCCCUUAUAGCACCUCAUCCUCUCACCCACAGGGAAUCUCCUCUUUCCAAGCAGCAGCACUGACACAGAGCAGUUGCACACCCACGUUUAGGACAACUAGAGGAGCCCUCUGGCUGCGUUCAUCCCACACAAACCUCUCCUAUCCGUGGCUUUUUUGAUGCUGAGUGCCCACAGCACUCAUCCUGGGAUAUGCAUACAGCUCGUUUUGCUUCUGAAUGUAAAGAAACGGAGCUCACUAUGCUACAGAUACACACCACAGGAGUGAGGAGGCUUCAUUCUGCAUGGGGUGAGGCAUCUUCGGGUCCUGGCUGGGGCUGGGGGACCCUCUGAAUAGCAGGAGCAGGCAGAUGCUUCAUUGGGAGCUAGUGGUUAUAACCCACAAAGCAGCAGCCCCAUCUGGAGGAGCCCCUUCACACUUUGUCAUGCAAAUAUAAGGCUUCCUGUGGGCAGCCGGCUUUUAGAAAUGCAGAAAGAUGACAUGAAAGGUCUGGGAUCAUCCAUUUCCUCAGUGCUGAUGAGGAGGUCAAAGUGGGAACCAAUGGAGUCCUUCAUCUUUUAAUGGUGUUCUCCCUCUUUUCACCCAAGGGGAGGCAGUUGCCUGGAGCAGGGAAGCUGAAUAUGGUUAUUCUAUUUCAAUAUGGAAGGUAGUGAUGGAUAGCUCAGCUUCUUUCUCUGUUUAAGCAGUUGCUCCUUUGCCAUACCCAGAGGUAGAGGGCUGCAGAGGGGCUGCUUGCACACCCCUUCCCACAUUGAGGCUUACUGUGAUACCAACUUCUGCAGCCUGCUGGUGGGCCCAGGUAUUAGGAAGCAAUUAGAAUUGCACAUGCUAAAGCCAAACAGAUUGUGUGAGGGAGGAAGUCAAUUUGCUAAUGGCAUUAGCACUUGGAAAGAAGGAGGCAAUAACAGAAUGGUGAGGCACAGGCAGCUGUUUAAAUUGCUGUUAGCUACUGAAGCUUAUCUAAAUUGAAUAACUAGAUUGCCUUAACUGCUGGAAUUUGAAUGGUAGCUAAGAGGAAAACAACCCCCAUAUGCUUCUUUUACACCCAACCUGGCUCUGCCAUCCUCUGCACACCGAUCUGUGUUAAUUCUUUUGCUCGGUCCCACAAUCUGCUGGGCUGCAUUGAGCAGCUCAGGCUGUUGCCUUCUUGUUUCCCCUUUCCCCAUCACUUUGCCUUCCCCUCGCUGCUGCUUUCCCCUGGCUCAGCUCAUUUGUUAACAUCUUGUUUGCUGCAGGCAUCCCUUAAGCCUCACGUAGGAUGGAAGGAGUGCCUGGAAAUGUGGCAAUUUUCUUCAAUGACCACUGGUUUUGUAGAAGAGCUUUUCUAACCCCGUAUUUCAGAGCAUUUCACAACAUAAUAGCAGAUGCAGUUCGGUGGGAGCAACAACUGGGCUUGCCAAUGCAGCAGCAAUGCAGUGCUUAGCAAUGGGGCUCAGCUCAGAUGCCUGCAUAACUCCAGGAGAGGAUUUAGGAGGUAAGGUGUGACAUGCAUUGCUGGUGGCUAAGAAAUGCAUGUGAAUGCACAACUACCACCUGCAUAAUGCACCCCCCCCUCCUUCCCUACACAUAGAAGGGGAAAUUCAGCUUGUUCUCCCCCUUCCUCCCAGCACAGGUGCAUUGAGGGCUGUAGAUAUUGUUCCCUCCCCUGCUAUUUCUCCCAGCUUUUUGGCAAUGACACCCUGCAGACAUUUGUUCACUUGUUGCCUGUCUCCUGUGAUAGCAAUGUAAAGCUUUGGAGCGUGGGAAUAAGGCAGUGUCUUUUGCUGAAGCACGUUGAACACUGAUGGGUUUUUGGGUUCCUGUAUUAUCUCAGGUGAAACAGAGGAAAAACAAAUCCACUGUUGCAACACUAAUCCUAAGCAGGGGUGUGUUGGUUAACUCUGCAUUAGAAGAUGUUGAGUCAGGUGUACAUGAGAAUGAGGGUGGGGGGUUUUUUUGUGUGCUUAGCUCUGAUCCCAUGGUUUGAAUGGGGUUCCCCGUGGCCAGAGAUUUCCCUUUGGUGUCUGUGUGUCGUUAAUGGUGGCACUUGAGAAAGCAGAAGUGCACCGGGGGGCAAUCCAUCUCUGUGCUGGCUGCUCCCUGCUGUGUGCUUUAAUGAUGCUUCCCCCCCACACCUUACAAAGGCCCUCUGCUGCUGCAGUCCCUGAGCUCAUUACAGGGCUGUGGGGAGGAGCGGGCUCACCUGCGGCCCCACACAGCAUGGGGCAGAGAGGCCCGCAGCUUGACAUGGGCUGAACACAGCUGAGCCAGCCUCUGGGACCUCAUUCUCCCCCUAAGCCAUGCUAAGGGCUCAGUGUGUUGUAUGGCUGCCAGAUAUACUCGUCCCCUCCACCCAUCAGCCAUAGGAGAUCCUCAGAAAAGGAGCUCCAUCCUUCCCCUUCCCCUAUUCAUUCCUCCCCCCAUCCAUCCCCCCCAUCCUUCCUCUCCCCAUCCAAACUCACUGGAGCUGGAAGCUUACAGGGCAGCUUCAAAAACACAAGGUUUUCCCAGCCAUUUCCCAGAGGUGACCCUUUUUACUUCCAUUCCAAAUCAUGUUCUUUUUGUGAGCUGAUGUAGAGUUUAGCUCGAUGGGAACAGAAGUGCUUAUGAACUCUGCAUGUGAGUGAGUGCAGCAGGAAGGUCUGGGUGAUGUUUCCUAUGGACACUGCUGCUCAGUCCCCUCCAUACGCCACUGCUCCAUCCCUUUGAGUCCAGGUAGAAGGAAGGGAAUGGGUUUUAUUUAAGGCCAGUAGGAAGAAGGGAGAUGGAUUAAUCCAACAGAGCGCAGAGCAGGUGAUUUCAUGCCGUGCUUCCUGCCACGGUGGAUAUUACUUUCUGUAAUGGAAGUGAACCUUUACGAGCCUGUUGGCUCAUGGCUGGUCUCAGGGAUAUCCUUCCUGGAAGAACUCCAGUCAGGGUUUAAAUGCUGGGAUGGAUGAUGAAGGUUUUUUGGCAAGAUAUCCUAAAAAUCAAUUACCCUUUUUCUUUGCUAAUGAGCCACGUGACAUUUCUGACUUGAGUUUUCUAGCGUUACUUGCUUGUUAAAGUACGUUAAAUUAACAGAUCUAAACAGACCCCCCAACACCUGCAAUUCCUUGCCCUGAAAGCAGCCUCUCCCAUCAGAUAUUGCUGUCCAUGGGAUAGAAUCAGAAUUUACUGUGUCUGAAUUGAGCUCUGCUGGGGGUGUUCUGUCUGUGGGUGCCAUUGGCAGUAUUAUAUCAGGGCUGGGGGGAUCCUGAGAGCUCCCAGUGCUCAUAAAGCACUCCAGGCUCCAGUGGUUGUCUGAAGACUCUGAAGAUCUUUAUUUAAGAACUGCAUGCUACUGUAGCCAAUAAAUAAUGGUAAUUACAGUAAAUACAGUAGGCUUACAAUGCUCCCCAUUUGUUUUUCUUAAAAAGAAAAUAGUCUACAAGCAAAUGAUUGCGAAGAAAACCACUUGGGUGCAGUGAGGCUGGAUAGAAAUAGACCCAGCUGAGGGUUGAUGUUGGGGGACAGCAGUUUGGAGCAGGCAGGAUUCAGGGCUCCAGGCUUUAUGGAUGGGAUCCAUAUGGAUGCCAUCCCAUCCUUGAAUGGGGUUAUGAAUGGGAUUCGUUACUCAGCUCCUUCCUUAGGUGAAGGGUGGGAAUGUCUCCCAUUUGGGAGCAGUGUUGAAUCACUCCUGCUGUAAAUAAUCCAUUCCUCAUCCAAACCCACUUGGCUGAGCUCUGAGUUUGGUCCAGACCUCCUCAAACCAGAACUGCACCAUUAUAUCUUCAGUAUGACCAGCAUCCUCAUGGUGUUGGUGGCACUGCUAAGAAGUAAGAAGGACCCUGUGAAAUUGGAUGACUUCCCUCACUGAGCCAUUACAGCACUGGAACAAAACCCGGCCGCUUAACUCGUCCCUGUAAGUCAAUUCCUAAAGUAAAUGCUCAGAGCAAUUACACGUGAGGGAUUGUUAAUGAGACAGGAAAUUGAUUUGCAGCUUAAAGCAACAGUGCAAAUCCAGUGACCUCCGUGUUAAGAUGCUGAAAUCUUCUGUGUUCUCCCCCAGCUUAGAACACCCUUUAUGCCCUGUGCUGCAUUUCAGAAGCUCUGAGUGCUUUUAAAGGAGGUUUCUUCCUCCUUUCCCUCCUGCUGAGGGCUUUGGUUAGGCUUUACAUGUGGGUUUAUUUUAUAGCCUGGAUAGAGUUUAAUUGGGUACUGCCUCGACUGCGCCUUGCUAAAGGAAUAGGGAUGUGUGCAAGUCACUGUGUGUGUGUCACAAACCCCCCUGAGAAAUGCAAGGGGAAAAUGGGCUGUAACACAGCAAGUGAAUCUGGGAGCAUUCUGCUCUGCCUUCAGCCUCAGUGGGAGCUGCAGGUGGGGAAUCCUUGCUUUGCCUUGUGCCCAGCCUGCAUCCCUGUGUGUGCUUGCAAUGCUUUACAGUGUGCCCCUAUUUUGCUCCUAGUCACUUGUGAUAGUGCUUUGAGGAGCACUGGUGCCAUGUGAGCAGUGCUGGGUGAUGGCACAGGGAUGGGUUUGCUCUGGAUCUGGGGGUAACAGGGGGUCCUCACUUCCUAUUAGGGGAAAUGAGUGGCUGCUGGGUCUGGAGCCUAUAUCAGAUGUGGGGUUAGAGCAAUGGCUAUGGCCAUCUCACACUUUGCUUCUAUGUGUAGCCCUUAAAAUGUAGCAAAAACAGAGCAGUGUUUUGGUUAAAUGCAUCCUGGUGAAGCUGUUUGUGAUUUAUCCUUUCAAAAAUGAGGCAUAACUUGAAUUCAAAUAGCGAACAUUUAGCUGUCAAGGGGACCUACUUGUCACUUAAGGGCUUGGGGAAAUACUGUCCCAUGAAUUUUACAUAGCAGAAUAUAUUCAGGCCGUUUGCAAUGCAGAGCAGAGCCAGCCAGAAUAUUUGAAAUCCAACCAUGAAGUUUUUCACCGAUAUAAACUGUGCCUAUGAUCUACUCCAACCCAUAAAUACAUGGAGAAUGUAC